AUGAACAGUGAACAAGGAUUGUUAAUACCAUUAAUAGCAGGGAGUAUCGCUGGAGUUGUUCAAACUACUGUUAGUCAACCUUUUGAAUUUUGGAAAACUGUCUCACAGUUACCUCACAGGUUUCCUCAAGAAAUGUUGCCAUUGGGUCACUAUUUCACAGGUUGUUCCAUCUUGAAUAUAUGUGCUGUGAGUAAAACUUUUAUUCGAUUUGGUUCCUUCCAUGUCGUGAAUAACUGGAUGCAAAAGACAAUUCCUGAAAAUCAAGUUCCAGUAAAUGGUAGAAUCUUACUUUCCUCCCUUUUCACUGGGAUGAUGGAAAGUGUCUGUAUUAUUCCAUUCGAAAACAUUAAAACCAAUAUGAUCGAAAAUAUUAUCCUUGCUUCUCAUUCUGUUAAUACGACUAAUAAGACUACUAUUAAAAACGUCUCUACUAAAAGAACAACUUUUCAUAAAGUGAAGAGUCCUCUUAUCCAAUCCAGAUUCAGUUUCAGAGAUCCUGUGCCAGUACAUGGUUUGCUGAAAACUAUUAAAGAAAUGUACCGUUCCAGAGGUCUCAGAUCAUAUUUUCAAGGCUCUAUGCCUACAUUGUUUAGACAAAUGGAAAAUUCGGUGGUCAGAUUCGGUACUUACACUGCAAUGAAGCAGGUUUGGUUGCAACGGUUUUCGAAUAAUGAAACAUUGCAAUCCUACAUGGGAGUCAUUCUAGGUACGUUUUCCUCUAUUGCUGUGGUAUCACUAACUCAACCUUUAGAUGUCGUUAAGACAAGAAUGCAAAGUCAAUGGGCACCCAAACUAUAUACAAAUUCAGUUAAUUGCGCAUAUCAGAUUUUUAUUCAUGAAGGCUUACCUGCUCUAUGGAAGGGCUUCUUACCAAGAUUUUUCAAAGUCGGUCUCUCCGGUGGUAUAUCAUUCGGUAUAUACGAAUAUAUGGAGAAUUUUAUCCAUUCUAUGCAACGGGAUGGAUAUUUAAGUUCAUAA